AGAAACGAGAACUUUAGUCAUAAACGCACACGAACCGGACUUAAUUAACCUGCUUUUUUAUAACCGAGGAUCACGUAUGCUCCGGUCAUCGAGAACGAUAUUUGCUGUGGAAAGAUGUUUGGAUUUACAAAGACGUUUUAUCUCACUCUCGCCUUUUUAUUCGCCAAUGAGAUCGAAGCUUUCUUCGGCAGCUUAAAAAAUCUGCUCGCUGGUAGGAGCCAUGCGGAUUAUCUGGUUUACUGGAACGUUCCCACUUUCAUGUGCCAUAAAUAUGGGAUGAAAUUCGAGGAAGUAUCGCGUGAUUAUCGGAUGAUACAAAAUCCUCAGGACGAGUUUCGUGGUAGCGAGAUUGCGAUGCUCUACGAUCCAGGAUUGUUUCCGGCACUGCUCCAAAGUCCAAAUGGCUCCGUUAUCAAGAGAAACGGUGGCGUGCCACAGGAGGGCAGUCUGGAUGAACAUUUGAAAAAGUUUAAAACCGACGUUGCCCUGCACAUUCCGGACGAAUCUUUUCACGGGCUCGCCAUCAUCGAUUUUGAAAGCUGGCGACCGAUCUACCGCCAGAAUUGGGCAUCUCUGGCGCAGUACAAAGUCGUCUCCGAAGAAAUUAUGAAGAAAAAACAUCCCAACUGGAAUGAGAAAACUCGGAAGAAGGAAGCGGCCAAAGCGUUUGAGAAAUGGGGAAAAAAAUUCAUGGAGGAAACCCUCAACACUGCCAAGACCCUGAGGCCCAAAGCCACUUGGGGUUAUUACGCUUUUCCUUAUUGCUUCAAUCUCACUCCUAAUCAACCUGGCUCGCAAUGCGAUCCCAAAGUUUUGGAAGAAAACGAUAGCAUGGCUUGGCUCUUCAAGAACGAAAAUGUCAUUCUACCUUCCGUUUAUCUCCGAUCUAAUAUGAGCAGACGAGAUGUCAUCGGCUUGAUCAGAGGUCGGAUCAAAGAGGCGAUGAGAAUGGCCGAAAAAUCGAAGCCCAGGACCAAAGUAUUGGCUUACACGUGGUACAAAUAUCAUGACAAAAGAGAUACUUUCGUAACUCAAGAGGACCUGCAAUCCGGGAUUCGAGAAAUAAUCGAUCGUGGAGCUGACGGUUACGUGAUAUGGGGUAGCUCGUCCGACUUGAAAACCAAAGAAAUGUGUCAACAGUUUCGCAAUUACUUGAACGAGGUGCUCGGACCAGCUGUGCUCGAAUCUAAAGAAACGGCGAAGCAGCGAGUAGCCGCUCACGGGGAAGAAUCUCCUUAUCAAACUUUAUCGAUUCAGGAGGAAAACAACUCGAGCGAACAUGAAAAUCGAACGACUCCAUCUCCUACAGCCAUUUUGUUAUGAAUUCUGAUGUUUGAACAUUGAACGUUGCUUCGUCCUAAUCAAAUCUCGACGAGACAAACUACCUUAACAAUAAAAAGCCUGCCAAUGUACAAAAUAAAGAGAAAUUUUCUUUUUUAUAAAACUGCA